UGUGAAUUGAAGAACACCACGCAGCCGAUAUUAGUACACCUCGUGAUGUUAUUACAGCCUUAUACACUAGUAUUAUAACAUGAAAUUAAUAGAUUAGACCGAAUAUCGUACUAUACAGAACCUUUGUUGAACCUGUGUACGAAUUUGCUGUGUGAUGCCACCCGUUCCUCACGAGGGUCCCAACUUAAAGGGGCGUCAGCACAACAGUGAUGGCGGAUUGCAGAGACAGCAAGAGCCGCAAUAUACAAGCAUACCAAAAGAAUUUCUAACAAAUGUCCCGUCAGUCAUGCCCAUUGGGCUUCCCAUAAGCCAACAACAGACUAGCAGCCUAUUUUUUCAGAGUCGCUCUAGUAGUCACGAACAGCUUGCAAGAUCGGUGUCGCCUUUACCCAUCAAUUUUGGCUUGCCUGAGCAUUCCAGUUCGUACAAUUCACACCUCUCCAAUUUGCAAUCUGAAAAUGUUGUGCAAGGUGCAUUACAGCGUCGAAACGCUGACUUUGACAUAAAACAACAACGAACAGGGGGUGGUAGUAAUGACCAGUCAAGCACGUCGCUUACGGGCGAAUCAACAAUCGCGCCUCAAUUGAAUAGUGUGGUGAAUCAAAUAGACACCAAAUCAAGCUUGUUUAUGCAAACGAAUCGUCCCGCGUAUUAUGACAACCAGCCAAAUCAAAUUCCCCAGCAAAGCCAGGCACAAAACCUAUCCUCUCGCCUUUCGCCAGGCCUUCUCCCAAAUGAAACCAAUAUUCAGUCGAGAGAAAAUACUGACCAAUCACGAACGCAAGGGCAUGUAAAUACACAAGCACAAGUACGAACGCAAUCGCAAGCGCAAGCACAGUCACGCACCUAUCAGCAACAAAUAUCCCACAAUUCUAUGUUUGAUAGAGCCGAUAGUGUAACGUCGGCGCCCAUGGCCUAUUCGAGUGAACAGCAACCAUACCUUACAAUACCAUACUCUCAGGAGCGAUACCAACAGAGUCCCCUACCGAGGCCCUUGCAUGUUCCCUCAUCACCCGUCUAUAGUGACGAACUCACAUCAGCCGUGAAAGCGGGCAAUAUCGACCGCGUCGCCAACUUAAUACACACCGGUGCGAGUGUUGAUGGAAAGGACACCAAAGGGUGGACAGCGAUGCACUGGGCUGCCGCUACAGGUAAUGUGGACUGUGUGGUCCUACUUUGUCGAGCCGGGGCCGAUAUUCAAUCAAAAUCUUAUUCAAGUAAAACGGCCAUGGACCUCGCUAAGUUGCGAGGGCAUUACACCAUCGUCGAGAUACUCUCCGCCUGCGAGUAUAGCAGCAAGCUUCAACAACCAAAUCAAAAAGUCGAGUCACCCAGCGUGCCACAAAAUUGGAAUAUAGACUUUAAUGGCAUAAUUCAUCCUGUGGAUGGCAUAGGCAAUGAAAACACACUGCUGCACACUACGAGGAACGCAUCAGUUCCUUCUAACUACAACCUGAAUCAUAUGGAUAUGAGCGAGGGCUUAAAUAGUAAUGAAGGAUUAGGAAGUCUAGGUGACGGUCUCGGUGGCGGCGCUGUGGACGGGUCUUAUUCCAACGACCACGCGAUGGCGGCACAACAAUAUAGCUUGCAUUUGGUGGACAAUCCGAAAGAAAAACGUCCAUCGGCAAGUACAUAUGACCUAGUUGGACAAGCAAGUGGUGGCGACAGUUUUGAUGCUAUGCAACGAAGUAUGUCAUUAAACCCGUAUCACGACAGCGACGUAGAAAUUAGGAACGCAACGCAAUUACAACAGUCCCUUAUGAAUGGCGGCGGAAAAGUGGAAUGGUCUUCUCCAACUGGCGGAAGCCUGGCGCCUGCAGGAAAGGUGAAACGAAGGAGGAAUGGCUCAUUCAAAACGUCUGUAAGCACGGGUUGUAUCGAAGACGCGCCAAACGCUUCGUUGAAAACAUCGAACUUUUCGGCAUCUCACUUGGGGGAUUCUGCUGCUCUCAAGGACUCCCGUUUGUCUGGUUUCUUCGGUGGCGACGGGGUGGAGAAUAAUUCGCCGUCGACAGUGUCGACCGGUGAUAGACGAGAGCAAACAUCAUUGUUCGGUACGGAUGGUUGUAGUUGUGUGGAGUGUGGUACGCGAAACACCCCCCAGUGGAGGAAGGGCCCGUCCGGGCCUAGGACUCUAUGUAACGCAUGUGGUCUGAAACAUCUUCAUAGUCAACAAAGAGAGCGUAUGAAUGCGAGGCGUAGAGAACUUUACAUGAAGAGCAAGAAGAAGAAAGAAGAAAUGGCUCGCCAAGCUGCACUGGAGAUGGCACAAUACGGCGAUACAGCAGGGCACAAACAUGAUCCCAAUGAUGUGUCCUCCGGGUCACAGGGUAAUGUAUAAGAGAGGUUUGUUGUUACCCAAAAAAGUAAAACAAUAACAAUACUAUUAGUAAAGAAAAGGUGAACAUCUUAAAAACCAGGCGCCGGAGAGUAUGAAGAGCAUCGAGUAUAAUCACAACUAGAAUGGGUAAGAAAAAAAAGAAAAAGAUAACGAACAAGCGAGAGAAACUAGAACUUUCAAAUAAGAAAAGUACUUCUUCUUCUCCACAGCCGCUGGGGUUGAGAGAAUUGAACAGAGUGCACAGGUAAUCGUUAUGCCGAAUCAAUAAAGUAAGAAGUAAAAGCUC